AUGGCGUCGUGGUGGCAGUCGUUUGGCCGCAUCAAGCCGCUUCCGAGCGCGAAGCAUAGCCCGUCGUCGCCGUCCGCGUCGCUCAAGCGCUGCCUCUCAACCUUCGACCUCAUCUGCUACGGCGUCGGGUGCUCUGUCGGCGCCGGCGUCUAUUCGCUCAUCGGCAUUGGCGCCGAGAUCACGGGGCCGUCGAUCUCCAUCUCCUUUCUCAUCGGCGGCAUUGCAUGCAUCUUUACGUCACUGACGUACUCGGAGUUUGCGGCGCGCGUUCCGAUUACCGGGUCGGCCUACACCUUUGUCUACGUGACGUUUGGCGAACUCGCGGCGUGGCUAAUUGGCUGGAACCUCACGCUUGGUUAUGGCAUCUCGUCGGCCGGCAUUGCUCGCAGCUGGGCGUCCUAUGUGACCAUGUUCUUGCAGCAAUUCGGUGUCGUCGUACCGCCGUCGUGGGUUGCCAUGGACCUUGGUCUCGGCACGCCCUGCAGCAGCAUCGCCGCGGUCUUGAUCCUCGUGCUGAGCGUCAUCUUGCUCGCUGGUGUGCAUGAAUCGGCCAAGUUCAACGCUGCCGUGACAGCCCUCAACAUUGCAGUUCUUCUCCUCGUCAUUGCCGUGGGGAGCUACCAUGUCGAGACGACCAACUGGGAGCCGUUUGCGCCCGAGGGUGUCCAUGGCAUCAUGCAAGGCGCUGGAGUCAUCUUCUUUUCGUACUUGGGCUUUGACAUGGUCGCAUGCCUUGCCGAGGAAGUGCCCGACCCGCAAAAAAACGUGCCCCGGGGUAUCAUCGGGUCGCUCUUGAUCUCCAUGUCCAUUUACGUCGGCGUCUCGUUGGUCGUGACGGGGAUGGCGCCCGUGUCUGUGCUGGGCACCCAAGUGCCUUUGGUGAACGCCUUUGACUUUCACGGCCUCAACUGGGUGUGCCACGUCAUUUCAUUUGGCUCGAUGUUUGGCCUCACGACUGCGGCGUUUACGUGCCUUAUGGGGCAGCCCCGUAUUUUCUAUCAAAUGGCCAAAGACGGACUUUUGCCCGCGCCACUCGCGACGUUGCACGCGACCACGCGGGUGCCAUACUGGAGCACAAUUCUCACGGGCCUCCUCGUGGCCGUCAUUGCGUUCUUCUUUGACCUCGACUUCCUCGCCAAUGUCAUUUCGUGCGGCACCCUCAUGGUCUUUACCUUUGUGAACGCGGGCGUCUUGGAGUUGCGCUUCGAAGCCGACGUGCCGCGCAGCCGCGUGUCGUUCCCGUGGCGCAACUUUGGCUUUGUUCUAUCGUCCUUUGCGUUUGCGCUCACGCUCGUCUGGUCGACGCACUGGCUCUUCCAAGUGUUUGCGGGUCUGCUCUGCGCGGUGGCCUUUUUGGCGCUUCUCUCGGGUCGUCCCCGACCGCUGUCUCUCGAAGACGCGGGAGCGUUCCAGUGCCCGUGGGUGCCCCUCGUGCCGUGCCUCGGCAUCUUUUGCAACGUCUACAUGAUGACCAGUCUCCCCCUUGCGGCAUGGGUCGGUGUCGGCGUCUGGAUGUUUCUCGGUGUGAGUGUGUACCUCUGCUAUGGCCUGCACCACAGUGUCCUUCGCCACACGAGCAGCUUCGAGGCAAGUCCGCUUUUGUAA